AUGCCUUUUGAUGUUAUUCCCGUAAAAACUGUUUACGAUGAAUUUCAAAAUGAUGGUAUAAAAAUGAAUGCUAUACCUGCAGUAACAUUAGAAACAGAACAGAAAGAAAAUGCUUCUAAUAGAGAUGAAGAAAUAAUUGCGGAUGGUGUAAGAGAUUCAAAUAAUUUAACAUUUUUUAAUGACAAUUUAACUAACGAUGAUCUACGUGAAACGGAUAAAAUUGAAAAAUCAAGAAAUUCAAGGUUCUUCCAUAGUAUACCCAAACUUGUAACUACAGAAGUAUUAGAUUUUAGGCCUAAAUUAAAUGAAAAUAUUAAAACAAUCCAAGAUAUAAAAGAUGAAGAAGAGAUCUCACCUUUACUUACUACAGUAGUCGAUGAAAGUACUAGAAGUACGACAAUUGACGAUGCUACUACUACACAAAGCAUAUACGAAAGUGAAGAGAGGGGAAAAGAAGAUAGUACUCAAGUAUAUAAUAUAUCUGUCGACAGUGACACAACAUUCACAUCUACAGAAUUCAAAGUAACCACACCUUCUAAUGACGUCACAGACAAAACUACAGAUGAAGAAAGUAAAUCAACAAGUAACUUUUCUAAUAUGGAUUUACAAAUACCAACAGAAAAAGAUUUUCAGAAUAUAAGUGAUUCAGAUGAAAGUAAAGAUAUACAAACCGUAAAAAGUGUAACUGAAACAUUAUUACCAGAAGAUAAAGUUACUGUAGCAGCGCAUACAGAAGAUUUACUAACAUCUGCUACAGAAACUAUUUCACAAAAUAGUUCGUUUUUUGAAGUUUCAAGUAUUACGAAAAUUAACGAUGAGAAUUUAAAAAACAUGACAUCAAUGACAUCUAUAACUCCACCAGAAUUAACCGACGUUAAAAGUAAUAUAAGAAAAGCUAAUAAUAAAGAACAAAUAGAUAACAAUGAAAAUAUUUUGAGGGCUAAAGAUCGUUUAGAUAUCUCUGAAAUAAAUGAAAACGCAUCAGUUCAAAAUAUUGAUGAUAGUUUUAAUAAGAAAGUGUACGAAGUGUAUGAAGUUGUGCAAGUUAGACAAGGCAGUAAUUAG